CGUUGUUUGGCAGCACGGGUUGCUGUCAAAGGGGGAAAAAGAACAAAAACAGUUGUCCACGCGUUUCCCCCCAGCUGGCUGGCUUCCCCUUUCCAGCGCACCGCUCUCAACACACUUGUUUGCACACUUUCCGUGGUCAGCUUGAGACGUCGCCGUCGUCGCGGACCUCCCCGUGCUCGCCGUGGCUACCCGUGCCGUGUUGUACCCGUGGCUCGAACUGACAAUUGGAGAACGAUAAACGCGUCGCGUAUCAGUUAUUUUUACCAUCGGGUCCGGGUGUAAGCGUACGUGCGUGGAUCGUGAAGGGGUCGAACGAAGAUUGGAAGCAAGAAAAAGGUGUCCUCUUUUGGGUUGCACUGUGUCGGACUCGCGUCAGUCUACGGCAAGAGCGAAUCGAAUCCACAUCAUCAUCCACCGACAUCGUCCACCGUGUCACGGAACUCGGAGUUUGUGUGUGUGUGCGUGCGUGAAAGAAAAGCUUUGUGUGAAAGUGUGUUGUCCAUUGUACGCAGUCUCGUCCACACGAGAGGAGGCCGCACGGAAUCAACAAUCUCCCCUUCCCCCUAUUACCCACACAGCAACGCACACAGCUUGCUUAGGUUGGUUGUGGGCAGGAAAUUGAUUUUCCCCAAUCCAUUACGUCCUCGCCUCGUAUUGAUUUAACUAGUAAAGUGUCAGCUAGAGCAAGCUCCGAGUGACGUAGUGUCCCCCGCGCCAGCCACCAAAAUGUCCGGAAAAAGUGUAAUGAACAAGUUCGUGCUGCGGAACAUCGCCCAGCGGCUGGUGCACUGCAUGUACGUGUGCGUCUUCUACCUGAUACUGGUGUGCAUGCUCGAUACAGCCGGCAUAGGGGCGGACAAGAUGCCGCAGGAGGACAUCUCCGUCGUGACUGAGGUGGAUGGGCUCUCCCCGGACGGCAGCAGCAGCGCGCCGACCGAGGGCAAGGGACUGCUCUCGUCCGAUAUCGGGUUCGUGCACGCGUUCGCCGCCUCCUUCAUGGUGAUUAUCGUGUCCGAGCUGGGCGACAAAACGUUCUUCAUUGCGGCGAUCAUGGCGAUGCGGCACCCGCGGCUGACCGUGUUCGCCGGCGCCAUUGCCGCGCUCGCCCUCAUGACCGUGCUGUCGGUGCUGUUCGGCAUCGCGGCCACGAUCAUACCGCGCGUCUACACGUUCUACAUCUCGACCGCGCUGUUCGCCCUGUUCGGGCUGAAGAUGCUGUACGACGGGUACCACAUGUCGGCGACCGGUGCGGCCGAGGAGCUGGAGGAGGUGCAGUCCGAUCUGCGAAAGCGCGAAGACGAGCUCGCCCGUUCCAUGAGCGGCAGCCGCAAGGAAACGGUCGAGCUCGUCCCGCUCAGCGACGGGGAGGAAGGGCAGCCGCGAUCGAAGGCGUCCGACAUCUUGCCCCGCCGGCAGCACGGCCCCAACAACCAUGGCUCCAUCCAUUCGCUGGUCGAACCGCAGGCGGGCGGCCACCACACGACCAUGUCUUCCGGCGGGACGCUGCGGCUGUCCGCGUCCGCCACCCAGCUGACCGGUGCCGUCGGGCCGGGCGCUGGCAGCAAACCGGGAAUCUCAACUGCCGACGGUGGCGCGAAGCUGCCGACCACCGAGAGUGACGGCGUUGCCCAACAGGGCGGCGAAGGAGAGGGCGCAGGCAAGACGGUGCUACUGCUGGACGGUGGCGGAGAGCGGGGCGAACAGAGGCAGCGGCUUCGGACGGUGGCGGAUUCGCAGGCGGGCAGCAGCUCCACUUCGCUGACAGUGGCUACUGCGACCGCCAACGGGUCCGCAGCGAAAAUGCUGGAACGGGAAGCGAACGCGGGCGGCAGUCUGAUGUCUCAGGAUGCGGAAUCGGGCGCCUCCACCAGCGGCCGGCGGGGGACGGGCCGGGGCCGCAACAGCAACAACAGUGCGCUGAAGCUGCUGCUGCGCAUCUUCAUGCAAGCGUUCACGAUGACGUUCGUCGCCGAGUGGGGCGACCGGUCCCAGCUGACCACCGUCAUACUGAGCGCGCGCGAAAACGUGUACGGUGUGAUCGCGGGCGGCAUCAUCGGACACUCGAUCUGCACCGGACUGGCUGUGAUUGGCGGGCGCAUGAUCGCCCAGCGUAUUUCCGUCCGUACUGUUACCCUCAUUGGUGGUGUUGUGUUCCUGCUGUUCGCUCUCAGUGCGCUCAUCUUCGGCCCGGGUGAGGAAGAACCCGUCAAGGUGCCUAUUACUUAAGGGGGCGCCCCCGGGUGUCAACUGAAGCUCGCUUGCGCAUCUCGUGUGUGUCGUCGUCGUCGUGUGCCUGUUCGUCGUUCCACUCUUGGUCUGGACUGGUGCCAUUGGCCGUGUUGUGGGACACCACCAGCCCCGCUUCUUCCUCUAUCUUCACACAACUCAACCCAUCAUCAUCAUCCUGCUCCUUCCUUGUUUGGUUCGCUUUUGUUAGCUGCCGCCACCGUACAAGGAAACGGAUAUAGACGGAGACAAACGAUACAAAAACGAAACUGAAAAUGUAUUUUUAAAAUGUACCUCUUCAAUCCUAGAACGUAUGAUGUGCGUGCGGAGAAGAAUUGAUAGAAUAGUAGGAAAAUAAUUGGUUUCUUUUCCCUCCACUUUUUCGAAACAUUUUCG